UAAUGUUGGCAGCAUUGAUUAGUAAGAAGAAAGAAGCGACUUGUGUCAAGAUUAUUGCAUUUUCUUCCAAAAAAAUCUUCUAAAGUGAAAUAAAAUGUAGAAUGUAUAUUUUUUCAAUACUAGGCACUGUACUGGUGUAAACUAUUCCCUCAGUUUUUCAUUAAUUUCUUCGCUACAAACAAGGCCCUUCAGAUUUAGUGUUACCUCCAGGUUGAACAAGUGAUGUGAUGUUGAACUCUACUAUGAUUGUAAAUCUGUGCUACAUCUUGGACCUCUGUGUGUAGUUAAGACCUAAAAUGGCUAAAAAGUCAGAGGGAACUGGGGGCAAGCUGGUCACAGUCUCAAUUGUUGGAUUAUCUGGCACAGAGAAGGAGAAAGGGCAGCUGGGUGUGGGCAAGUCAUGCCUCUGCAACCGGUUCGUGAGGACUCACGCCGACGACUACAAUGUAGAUCAUAUAUCGGUUUUGAGCCAGUCGGACUUCAGCGGGCGCGUGGUGAACAACGAGCACUUCCUGUACUGGGGCAGCGUGAGCCGGCAGCACGACGACUCGGAGUGGCGGUUCGAGGUGCUGGAGCAGACCGAGUUUGUGGACGACGCGUGCUUCCAGCCGUUUAGAGUGAGCAAAACGGACGCAUACGUCAAACGCUGCGUAUCCACGAAGAUCCAAUCAGCCGAGAAGCUGAUGUACGUGUGCAAGAACCAGCUCGGCAUAGAGAAGGAAUAUGAACAGCGGCUGAUGCCUGAUGGGAAGCUGUCCGUGGACGGGUUCCUAUGUGUCUACGAUGUUAGUCUGGUGCCGGGGCGGUCUUGGGAGAAGCAGAACGAAACGCUAGCGGCAAUCCUCCAAAGCAUCAUCAAGUUGAAGAAGCCAGUGGUCCUGGUCACCUCUAAGAACGACGAGGCUUGCGAACAAGGCGUCAGGGAAGCUGAGAGACUGGUUCAAAGGAAGGAGUUCAAGGGGUGCAUACCGAUAGUCGAGACGUCGAGCCAUGACAAUGUCAAUGUGGAACAGGCGUUUAUAUUGUUGGCGCAGAUGGUCGAUAAAGCGAAGGCUAGGAUUAAGGUGGCGAACUACGCAGAAGCAUUACGAAUAAGAAGGGAGACGCUAGAUUUCGUCACGGAAGCCUUCACUCAGCUUAUAAGGAUACAUGUGCAGGAUCACAGGGAGGUGUGGUCUACAGUGAGCAAGAGGCUAUGUAAUUACGCAGAAUGGACCAAAUUCGUCCAACAAUUUGGAAAUGACGGAACUCAAGUGGUGUUCCGUCGUCACAUCAGAAGGUUGAAAGAAGAACGAUCCAAUAAGAAACUGCGCAAACAGUUGUCCAAACUACCGCAGAUAUUGUCCCGGAUGCAACUGCCUACUGAGGAUCUGCAGGAGAACGACUGGCCAAUGGUGGUCCGCCAACUUCGCUCCCACCGCGACUUCUCUGUCUACUUCCGCUCGGGCGGCGGCGGGUCCGGCUCGGACGCGCGCUCGGACGGGGAGAGCCCGCUCGGCGCCGACAGCACGCUGCCCAUGGGCGAGCGGCCCCGCUACCAGACGCUGGGCGAAUCACAGAAGAUACCGUACGAAAUAUUGGAGACCAACGAGGCAGCCUCCGUGUUCAAGUCAUAUCUUCAAGAGGCACAGGAGGAGCAGAGGAAUUAUGAAUGGUGCCAACAAUUCAAGCGCCUCCUCGAAGAGACCGGCUGUGUCACCCCCGGCAAACCCCUCUCCGAACUGCGCGUGCUGUUCAUGGGGCGGGAGUGCUUCGAGGCGCUGUCGGAGCCGCAGCAGCAGCGCGUGUACGAGCAGCACCAGGCGCGCAUGCGCAGGGACUGCGCCAACAACCUGCAGGAGCUGCUACUAGAGCACGCGGAUCUGUUCUACCAUUUCAAGAGCAUAUCCCCGUCGGGCACCAUCACGCAGGAGGACAUCAAGCAGAUUACUGACGUGUUGCAGGAGGACUUUAGAUACAAGAUGCUGGACCGGCUGGAGCAGGACCGCAAGCUGAUGCUGUUCCAGCACCUCGGCUUCGUGCACUGCCCCAUGCGCGAGCACUGCCCCGCCCAAGCCAACUGUCUGGACUCCACUCUGCCCGUCAUAUUGAACACUAAAGUCGGUUCUCUGACGUCGACGGGCGAGUCCCAAGGCCUAGCGGGCCCGCCGGCCGCGCCCUGGGCGCUCACCACCGACUCCAACCAGAUCAAAGUCAUCAUACUCGGCUUGGAAGGAGUAGCCAACGAGUUCGGCUCCCGUCUCUUAGCCGGUUGCGAUGCCGCCCAAUGCUGUCGCGCGCUCGGCGGCAGCUGGCGCGUGACUAUGCGCGUGCGCACCGACCACGCGGCUGAUGAUAAUCAGAGCAACGGCUACUUCUGCGUGUAUCAGGAUCAAGAUUCGUUCGAGUUCAUUCGAGCAUGCGCAGAGAAGACCCUGCUCUCGAGUCUGGAGCAGGAGGACAAACUGCCUUUCCAGGGGCUCCCAUUGGUUGUGAUGUUCAUACAAGACGAGGGCAUGGACAAGAAGGAGAUGAUGCGGCUUCAGGAGGAGGGACAGAACUUGGCGGAGAAUCUCCACGGCUCAUACAUGGAUGCGUCGAUCACGGAGCUUGGCACCGAAGCUCUCACGUCUGACGCGAUACAGGAGAUGAUCCGCGCCAACCGCGACAAGGCGUCAUACGCGCAUCUGUAUCGCGACGUCAUCGUGUGCUUCGACUCUGAUAUAAGAAUAAUGGUGUGCAUGUUCUGCGACGACCCGUAUUCCCCGGAGCGCGUGCUGAGCCCGCUGCUGUCGCACCGCGCGUGCUUCCUCACCGGCGACCGCUCCGUCGUGCUGGAGACCUUCCUCGGCGACUCCAAGCGGAAGGUGGAGGUUAUAAUAUCAAGUUUCCACGGCGCGAAUCAGUUCAGAGAAGAAUUGAUUCACGGGUUCAUACUCAUCUACUCGGCUAAAAGAAAAGCUAGUUUAGCCACCCUCAACGCAUUCUCAAUGAACAUACCUCACCUGCCCAUACAAAUGGUGUGCGUGACGGAGGGCGAGGGCUCCGCCGCCAGCCUGUUCUUCGGCACCGACGUCGGGAGGGACCUCAUCACUGAAGGGAACGCCACUGCCGACCGACUGGCGGCGCACUUCACCACUUAUAGCGCCACUAGCAAUACUAAAACGGCAUUCUACACCCCCUUCUUCAAAGAGGUAUGGGAGAAGAAGGGCGAGAUCGAGCGCGCGUUCCGUCUGGAGCAGCCGCACAGCCUGCCCGACGUGGCGCACCCUCCGCACAGCCUGCCCGACGUGGCGCACGCCAGGCCGGAGCCCCCGCCCAGGAACCACUCUUAUCAUCUUAACCAUGGCAGGGAGCACAAGCUGACGAAUUCCCUCGACCUGCUGAUCGGACCGGACUCUCGCGCGGACAUCGACUCUGAGUACAGCGAUACCAUGAACAACUCCAAGAAUAGAGGCUUUCUGAAAGGAUUCAGUGUAUACCCCCCGCCGAGCACGCCCCCCGAGCCCGCGCCCCCCGACCACAGGAUGCACCCGGAUCUCUCGCCUGAUCUCAACUGUUCGGAGGAAUCGCUGAGCACACACGAAUCAGAUGGCGGCGGCAUGUGGCAGGGGGCUCGCUACGGCCAGCGCGCGGCCACCACCGCCCGCCCGCGCCCGCACCCGCCCCCGCCGCGGCUGCGACACUCGCAGACCCUCAAGCAACCGGGCAAGCUGGACAUGAACAACUACACGAUGGUGAGCGACGCGCUGCAACACAUCACCAUCGGCGCGCCGCAUUCCGCCACUAGGGAGAGAAAGUCGACCCGCUCCGGCUGGUCGCAGUCCGGGCUGCAGCACCACCACCACCCGUCCGGCGUCAGCUCCGAGACCGAGCUGGACGCGCAGUACGCACAGAUUAAAGAAACCAACGAAUACAUGGAAGCGCCGUCGAUGCGGCCGCGCCGGCAUCGGAGGCACGACAAGACGCCACUGCACCAACCUUCAUUCUCGGAGACAGACAGUUCAGGCUCCAGCUCGGCCUCAGGCGGCGGCGUCGCGCGCCUGCACCCGCGCCGCCGCACGCACGCCUCCAGGCACUAUAAGAAGAGGUCGUUGGGCAACUUGGUGGCAGUGCAGAGCCCCCGUGUGCCCAAGCUGGGCAUGUUCGUGGGCCCGCCUGAGCUGCCCACAGGAUACCGGGCACGGGCACAGGAUGAAAAAGCAGGCAGCGAAUCCAGUGAGGGUAGUUCAGACAACGAGUCGGGCAGAAGGCCGCGCCCGCUGCCGCCGCCGCCGCAUCAAGAGGCCACGCAUAAGAUUCUCGCCGGUGAAUACCCGUCCUCUGCGCAGGAUAACUCGUCAUCUAGCGCGCCCGACACCAGGCGGCGCCACCAGCCCUUCACCAAGCACGACCGGAGACAUAAGGAUUUCUCGAAGAGCAAGGACUCAAAGAAAAACUCAUCACAGCAAGCUAUUACCAAUUCAAUACAAAAUUGGGGACCUCAGGGUCCCCACGGCGUGCCGCUAUUCGUCGAAAAGUGUGUGUCAUUCAUCGAGCGCGAGGGCCUGUCGUCGGAGGGACUGUACCGCGUGCCCGGGAACAGGGCGCACGUCGACAUGCUCUUCACCAAGUUCUACGAAGACCCCAACAUCGACUUGUGCGCGCUGGACGUGCCCGUGAACGCGGUGGCGACGGCGCUCAAAGACUUUUUCUCGAAGCGCCUGCCGCCGCUGUUGGACGAGGCGAGCAUGGCGCAGCUCGAGGACAUCGCCGCGAUGCGCGGCUGCAUGGCGGGCGGCGUGGAGCUGAAGGACCGCAGCUGGAGGCUCCUGGCGCUGCGCAAGCUGCUGGCCACCGCGCCCAGCGCCCCCGCGCGCGCCACGCUCGACUACCUGUUCCGACACUUCACCAGGGUAGCGGAAAACUCCAAGCUCAACUCAAUGGACAGCAAGAACCUGGCCAUAUGCUGGUGGCCGACCCUCCUUCCGGUCCAGUUCUCAGACAUGGGCCGGUUCGAGAUGACGCGGCCAUACCUCGAGGACAUAGUGCAGACGAUGAUCGACCAGCACCCCUUCCUGUUUAGGGGGCAGGAGGCCAUUGUUAUGGUGUGAUCGGGGAGGAGACACGCUCACAAUGCAGCAUGCAUUUGUGACGGAGACGUCUGAUGCAGUGGUGACGUCACCACGUAACAAAUGGACUCCCCACCAAGUGACGUUUAAUUAAACUUGUACGAAACGUAGCCCUAAGUCCCUAUCUUAUAUACUACAUAUUAUUAUCAUUAUAAACAAUGCUAUUGUUGAUGUUUUAAACUAAGCACGUCUGCCCUUAUUAAUCCUAAAUAUUUAAAAGUAACUGUUUAUUUUCAAAGGCAAACUCCAUAUCAAAACGCUUAGGUGUUACAAAAUGUAGUCAAGUUUUGCUCGCAUUUUUUUAGUUGAUCAAGGUAAGGGCAGAUGGAUACAUAUAUUUACUUAUUUAAUGAAAUGUAUGUCAAAAUGUCACCGAGCCAUCUCUUCUCGUUCAGCGAAAAAGCAGUAUUUAAAGAAACUAGUAACUAAAAUUGUAUCGCAAUAGGUAAGGUUGAAAUUCGUGCACAAAAAAGUAUUUAAAGGAAGUUUUAAAAUGUAAGUAUUAAUUGGUAUUUGAAUUAAAAAGUCAUAGUAAUAAUAUAUAAAAGCAACACAGCGCAUUUUAUGAAUAAAUGUAACGAGCACAUACAUUACAUUAAUUUGAAAUCAUUUUAGGGAUAAUGCAUUGUUAACUUGGUACAUAUUAGACAAGAAAUUUAAAAAUGGCGGACAAAUUGUCAAUCUCACUCACACACAUAGUGAGAUUUGAAAGAGAAACAUUUCGGCAGCCAUUUUUAAAUACUCUGUCAAACUAAUACGUAUAUUCUUUUAUAAUAUUAUAGUGAUCAGUGUUUAUGUAACGAAAAAUGCUUUAUUAUAUACUGUAUGUUCGUACUGCCCAAAUAACUGUUGUAAUUCCAUUAUAUUCCAUAUUUGUUUUAGCGUAAGUUUAAGUUCCAGAAAUGUUGUCGAAAAUACCUACGUGUUUAUUUUUCUACGUCUUUUAAUUUCGUAUACAUUGUCAGAUAUGCCAUAUGGCUAUUUGGUAUGUUGAAGCUCGCUAGAUAUUGUAGUUAAUGCGUGAAGUAAUACGCAUGAUAAUCAUGACACCAAAAAGACAUUAUUUUGAGUUGAUUUAGGUACCAUAAUUUAUUUUCUUUUAAAUUAGCAGAUAAUAGUAAAACAAAUUGGUUUCAAACCUUUCGAUAAAUGCAAAGAGAUACCUAGUAAACGUUUAAUUUCUUCGUUAUAUUUUUAUUUUGAGACUGAAUUAUUAUCUUCCCUUUCCCAAUCAGUGUUGAGUAUACGGUACUUGAUGGGUUAACAAAUAUGAUAUUAUGGCCUAUUUUGUAUAUUAAGUGUUUGUAGAUAGUAUUAUGUCGAAAGGCAUGGUUUAAAGAACUUUGUAUGAACGGUAUUACAAUGUUAUAUUUACAUGAUAUAAUCUGUUAACAACGCCACCUGUCUGUGAAGAAACAUCGAGUAAGAGUCACUGUAAAGAAAAGUCGUUCAAUUGUAGACUUUGUUAUAGAAUCUGUAAAGCUUGGGUUAUUUUGUUACUUACCAUUGAUUUAUAUAUUUAUUUUCUCGAGGCUACCUGUACCAAUUAAUUCGUUUCAUAUUAGUAUUCUGCCUAUAUUAAAUGUAGUUUGUAUUCAAUAUAAAUAUUGUUUCAAGGAAUUGUCAUUUAAGGUAAUGUAUGUACUUCGUAAAAUAUAAACAUUCAUGAGUGACCUAAGGAAUGUAUGAAUGAAAAGAAGUAGGUUACAGGUCUUUUUUUGUUUUCGAUCGCUCUCAGCAAUGUUUGUGCUUGGCAUGGAUAUAAUAAUGUACACAAUAAUACACACAGUUAUAAGUGUUGUGGUUACGGGUCACUUUAGGAAAGAUACUCUUUUUUAAUAUGAAGUUACGGAGAGCUGUCAUGCAUUCUGUAUGUUUAGCGCAACGAGAUAGAGACACAGUUAUGAAUACGUUGUUUUGCUAACCACUACUCUAUCUGGCCCUGUAGCACAGAGCGCUAAUAAGAUGUGACAAAAGUUCUGUGUCGUGCUCACUCUUGAGGCUGCACGAUGUCGGUGACAGCGAUUCAAAACUUUUGUCACGUCUUAAAUGUGCCCCGUACUAGCCCUUCUGGUUGUAUUGAACAUAUCGAUUCCAUGACAGCACUACGAUACUUUUUCCUAAAGCAUGAAUAGCAUGACUAGUCAACCUGUGCACGGACCAUCGGAGCAGGUUUUGUCAGCUAUUUUAAUCACAAACAUUACUGAGUGUGAUUAUAAAUUAUUUACCUACAAAAUACACACUGUAAAGCUUUUCAUUGUGGUUUUCUCGCACGUAUUUUACCCUAACCGAUAUAUUUGCACCCAGAAAGUGGGGCAAACAUUUCCUACGGAUUUGCGUUAGUUUUUAAAAACAAAAUCAUCAUAACUAUGCAUAAGUAUAUUUAAUUCUUAUAAUAGUCAAUAUGCUAAGAUGUAAUAAGUACGUAAGUUUUUAUUACAAUAAUGAUAUAUGCCAUUUUAAUUAGAUUCCCGUGAUGUGCGCAAGGAUCAAGACUGUUUGAUCGCUGCGCAUGGCGCGGGCAAGUAUCAAGUCCAUUAGGGGAAUGAUGGAAAGAAUUUUGAUAUUUUACUAUGAAGGUAACAAAAAAUCUAUAGAUCCUAAAUCUAGUAUUUUUAUUUUGUCCUAAACUAAAUUUAAACUCGGAUCUCAACGGAAUUAGGAACACGCCUAGAACUUCCCCUAAUGAUUUCAAUGCAAUUUUCUUUAUAAAAAUACGUAAUCCAUUGUAAAUAUUGUAAAUUUUUCAUUUUGUAUUUGGGUAAUAAUUUAUUUAUUAAAAUAUUUUUUAUUGAAGAGUGUUUUAAAGCUAUAUUUUAUUUUGUUGAUGCAAUUUAAUAUUGCGUUUUACUGCGUCUGACAUUUGUUUGUUUUUUCUUAAAAAUAUUUUUGUACUCGAGAUGUGCCAUUUUAUACUUUGGUUUUUUGAUGAUUUAUAAUUUGUAAAGAACGGGGUUUUUAGUUGUCAUUUUAUCCAAAAUUCUUUGAUGUAGGUUCUCGAAUGUACGUUCUAAGUAGAUUCAAUGUAUGCUUGCUUCCCGAGGACCGCGACGCCUGCCCCGCGGUUAUAUUAAAAUGAUAGUUAUGGUAUGUGGAAAUAAGGGCUAUUAUAGCUUGGGCGUCACCUGGCGUGGCAGAUAGAAUGUGUAAAUCGACAUCACGAAAAAUGAUGUGUUUCCGAAUAAUCUUCCCUAGUUUUUUUACCGUGUCUUGUAGAAGUGGUUUUCUCGUCGGUAGCGUAUACAAAUUGUUCGCGAGGAUCAAGAUUAGUUAGAGCUAGCUGUAGGAUGUGAUCGAUGUUGUGAUAAAAGUAUUAAUAUUGUGCGGUUUGGGCGUCGCGGCCGUCGCGGAGGUCUCCAUUUUGCUAUGCGCGUUCAAUUAUACUGUAAAACACAGAUCAAAGGAAUGUGUCAUAUUUUAUAAUAAAUAACCAUCUAUGUAA